AUGGGAAAUUCCCUGGAAGAGUGGAUAACAGGGGGCAUUAAAGUGAAAAAGAAUUGCAUGACACAAGAAGAUCGAGCUAAGAAGUUUUCUCAUGAUUUAAGGGUUGCAGAAGAAAUGCUCAAUACAACUAUCAUCAAUUUGGAAAGAUGUCAAGCCGAAAAUCAAAUGUUGAAUAUGGUUAUAAUCAACAUGGAAGAUUCAUAUCAGAUCCAUCAGUGUGAGAUUGAAGCUGAACUAGAAGUCACUAAAGCCAGAAAUAAGAAAUUGAUAAAAUUUGUGGAUCUUGUACAAGAAUUAAUUGAUCACAAAAGUUCUCUUACAAGAGAAAAUGAACAAUAUUGUCUACAAAUCCAAGAAUUAACAUGCAAGAUUAAGGAAAAAGACAAUGUCAUAAAGGAAGUUGCUGCCCACACAAGCAAUGUGGCUCAUAAACUGAUUGAUUUAGCUGGCUUUACGUAA